CGUCAGCGCAAGACGCGACAGUCCUUCGACGAGCCCUACCACCAGAGUUCUCUACUUGGAAUCCGCGACGACCAUGGAUGAAAUUGGGAUUGAGAUUCAGAAGCAGGAGCCGACCUUUGAGCAUGUCGUGACCGAGAAGGCGGCACUCUUCCAGGAGCUCCAGGAGGAGGACUUGUAUAUCAAGUACAAGAAGUUGGCCCGGCAUCUGGAGAUGCUCGACAUCCAAGAAAGCUACAUCAAGGACGAGCAGGCAAACCUGAAGCGUGAACUCAUCCGCGCACAAGAGGAAGUCAAGCGCAUCAAGUCUGUACCACUAGUUAUUGGACAGUUCCUCGAGCCCAUAGACCAACAAACUGGGAUCGUCGGCUCAACAACAGGGUCGAACUAUGUCGUCCGAAUCCUCUCUACCCUCGACCGCGAGUUGUUGAAGCCUUCUUCAUCUGUCGCACUUCACCGACACUCCAAUGCCUUGGUCGACAUCCUCCCACCAGAAGCAGACUCGUCUAUCGCCAUGCUGGGGAAGGAGGAACGGCCUGAUGUUACGUACCAGGACAUCGGUGGUAUGGACUUGCAGAAGCAGGAGAUUCGCGAAGCGGUGGAGUUGCCGUUGACGCACUUCGAUCUGUACAAGAAGAUCGGCAUUGACCCACCGCGAGGUGUAUUGCUGUACGGUCCUCCGGGUACUGGCAAGACCAUGCUCGUCAAGGCCGUCGCACAUCACACCACCGCAUCGUUCAUCCGUGUCGUCGGCAGUGAGUUUGUGCAAAAAUACCUCGGCGAGGGACCUCGCAUGGUCCGCGACGUCUUCCGUCUCGCACGCGAAAACGCCCCCGCAAUUAUCUUCAUCGACGAGAUUGACGCCAUUGCCACGAAACGUUUCGAUGCGCAGACGGGCGCCGACCGUGAAGUGCAGCGCAUCCUGCUUGAACUGCUCAACCAGAUGGACGGCUUCGACCAGGGUAGCAAUGUCAAGGUGAUUAUGGCGACAAACCGGGCAGAUACCUUGGACCCUGCUCUGCUUCGCCCCGGGCGUCUGGAUCGGAAGAUCGAGUUCCCGCUUCCUUCGCGCCGCGAGAAGCGUCUCAUCUUCCAGACAUGUACGAGCAAGAUGAACCUGGGCCCCGACGUUGAUCUCGAGGAUUACGUCUCACGGCCGGAGCGAUUAUCAGCCGCGGAAAUUGCAUCCAUCGUUCAGGCCGCAGGUCUGCACGCUGUUCGCAAGAACAGAUAUGUUGUGCUGCCAGCGGACUUCGAAGACGCGUGGAAGGCGAACGUCAAACGCGUCGACGAGACGUUGGAUUUCUACCGGUGAUCGUUUCGGUGUUGUGUUACGGUGUUGUGUUACUGGUGAGU